GCAGGGUCCUUUGUAUGUAAAAAUGGGGGCCGCGGCUCAGACCACCAACACCCCCAAACCCCCAAACGGCAUGGGCGGUCACCUCACCCCCCACCCACUAUUUCUACCCAUCUCCUCCUCCUCUCCCCCCUUCUUCCUCUUCUUCUCCUUUUUACUAUUCCAGCGGUAAGGUUACCGCUCUCUGCGGGGGGUAGAAACCCACCAAUGGCGGCCGAUGGGGCUGAGAUGGUGGCCCCGGCUCCUCGCUCGCCGCCCAAGUACCCUGAUUUCUGCGGGAGGAGGAGGCUGCAGCUUGAGGUCCAGACAAUGAAUCGCGAGGUUGGGUUUCUUGAGGAGGAGCUACAAUCAUUGGAAGGGCUUCAACCAGUUUCUAGAUGCUGCAAAGAGGUUCACGAAUUUGUUGGAACAAAUCCAGAUCCAUUAGUACCCCCGAAUAAGAAGAAGCGCAAGUCCUGUCGCUUUUUUAGAUGGCUCGGAUCAAAGUUCUGCUGCUGCCUUUCCUGUAUCUGCUGCUGUACUGACUGCAAGAAGCCAACCUGCACCUGCUGCCCAAGCCUCAAGGAUCUCUGCUGCUGCAGCUGCUCUUCCUGCUGUAAACUUCCUCAGUCCUGCUGCUGCAAUUUCUCAGACUGCUGCUGCAAUUUCUCAGACUGCUGCUGCAAUUUCUCAAACUGCUGCUGCAAUUUCUCAAACUGCUGCUGCCCAUUGAAUCGUUGCUGCUGCUGCUGCAAACCAUCAAAAUGCUGCAGCUGCAGCUGCUGUGAAACUUCCUGCUGUAAAAUGCCGAAAAGCUGCUGCUGCUCCCCGACGAUAUCUUGUCCGGAGUAUUCAUGUGGGUGCGUGUUCGAUUGCCCGAAGUGUACAGAGGUACGUCUCUGUCCUAAGUGUAGUAAACCCUGCUGUGUUACUGGAUGUUUGUGUUGAUAUGUGGCUAUGGUUUUCGUAGGUUGUAUUGUAUUCUGACGAUUAUAUUGAAUAUAAAAAAUUUUUGUCUGCCGAAUAUGUUACUUGUUUA